AUGACACAGGUGUGUAUGUGUGUUUCAGGUAUGAUCACAGCCGUUGGUCUGUCUAACCUGCAGUUUGUGGAUUUGAACUCGUCCAGAAAUCAAUUUGUUCUCGGGUUCUCAAUGUUCUUUGGUCUGACUCUGCCCAACUACCUUGACAGACACCCCCAGACAAUUCACACAGGUGUUGCAGAGCUUGAUCAGAUUCUGACGGUUCUUCUUUCCACUGAGAUGUUUGUUGGAGGGUUUAUGGCAUUUUGCCUUGACAACACAAUACCAGGGUCCCGACAGGAGCGAGGUCUGGUUGACUGGACCGCUGUUUCCUCUAGCUCCUCAUCCUAUGACCUUCCCUUGGGGAUGGGUUUAGUGCGGCGAACUGGCUGGCUCAGACGGUUUCCCAUCAGCCCCUCCUUCAAAGGUUUCCGGGCUUGUGAGGGGGAGGGGGAGGGGGAGGUUGAAGCUGCUGACAUCACCCAGUGCAGCACCAAGGUGUGACUGUUAUGUCAUCAUCAGUGGACGUCCACUGGGCGGGAAUCAAACCUGUGAUGUCUUUUUUCUGGAAUGAAGUUUCUACAGGUGAUGCUGCGUUCAAUGACCCUCAGAUAAAAACCGUGGAUUGUGUUUGAUGCUGAUUUCCAGAGACUUACUGAGGUCAACAGCUUAACCCACUUUAAAUGUAAUAUUGAAUUUUAAAUGUGAAUAAUGAGUAACACACACAUCCAAAUCAAGAUCCAUGAUAAUAUUUACUACAUGAAACUGAAUUAUAAGUCAGAAAUGUCUGAUCUCUGAUAAAAAUGUUGUUAGGGUCAGAACCAAUUGAAAGAGGAGAAACUUCAACGAGCCAAUCACAGCUGAGUGUGAUGUCACAACUAGAUGACCAUAGAGGAUAUUACGUCCACAGUGGAGCUGUGUGCAGCAUAUCUUCUUCAAGAGUCUCUACUAAUAGUUACAACUGUUGUGAUCAGCACGUCCUAUGUUACCAUGGAAACCUAAAGCUACUUGAAGCAUAUCCCAGACUGACUGCUGAAAAUGUUUCUAAGGAAACUGUCGAUGUUCAUGACUUUUCUAUAAGUCAAAAAUAAAAAAGUGUUUUUAUAAUCA